AUGUGUGAUUGUGCUGAAGAGUUAGAGCGACAACGGCUCAAAGCUAUACGCGCUCUGUCACGCGGGACUUCCCCGCCACCAACUCCCGGUUGGUUGGCGCGUCUGUUCGGCUCUGGCGGCGACGGUUCCGGCGGAUGGUUCCCCAUAAUCGGAGGCUCCACAAUUCUCUUGGCACUAUGUGGACUGUUUUACCAGAAAUUUGAAAGCAUUAAACAAUUCUUUGGCGUUGGGAAAGGAAAAGACCCAUGCGAGGGGCGAGUUCGGAAACCUCCCCCUCGUGAAACUUUCAAGCCUUGCCGCUGCGAUUCGUAA